AUGUUCAACGCCGUCCUCCGCAGACUCCAAGGCGGGAAUCUAGAAGUUUUCAAGUUCGGCGUCUACGUCCUCUUCCCCAUCGGAUGGAUGUACUACUUCGGCACAAAUCUCGAAGAACGCUUCUCGGUACCCGGUUUCUGGCCCACGAAAGAGCAAUCGCAUAAGAUUCCCCUAGAGCUUGGUGAGAUUGAGAAGGAAUUGGCACGCAUGGAUAGGCAAAAAGCGUUGCGGGCGGCGCGGUUGCGAGAGCAGGGUGCGGGAAGUGGGAGCGGGAGUGGGAAUGGAAGUGCAGCGGAAGACUCGUGA